AUGGGUGCUACAGAGGAACUGCCGGCCCCAGAGGUCGCCAGUCGCGAUCUGACCCCUAACCCGGAGGAGGAUGAGCAAAUAAAAACCUGGGAUUAUAUCUACGAUAUUUCUCCAGCCGGAGAAACCACUUCUGACGCAGGCACAUACCCUGGAUCCAUCGAAACCGGCUGUUCGAUCGAAGCUGUCAAAUACGAUUCGGAUCUCAAUGGUGAACCGGAGCCUCUUGUCGCAGUUAUUGGCGUUGGCUAUGUUGGCGAGCAUCUCACUGAUGUUUUUUCUCGCUGCUUUAACGUGCUUGGAUACGACGUCUCGGAGACUCGUGUCAAAGACCUCUGUGCUAAAUAUUCUGGAAACAACAAAGUCCGCAUCACAACAAAGGCGGAAGAUCUCAGUGAGGCCUCGCAUUUUCUCAUUUCUGUCCCUACACUCCUCCAGUCGGACAAGACUGUCGACACGUCUUACCUUCAAAGUGCCCUCGCUACUGUGGAGAAGCAGGCAGCCCCAGGGUCUACUGUCGUCAUUGAAAGCUCAGUCGCUGUUGGCAUGACUAGAGAGCUUCUCGGACCCCUCGCCAAAAGAAAGGGCCUCUUUGCUGGAAUGUCGCCAGAACGUGUUGACCCUGGCCGCGUUGAUCCACCAGCCUAUGAUAUUCCCAAGAUUAUUUCUGGUCUCGAUGAUGUGGUUCCCGGCUCGCUGUGCUCGAUUUCAAAGCUUUACUCCGCCGCCUUUAACAAGGUCGUCACUGUCUCCAAGCCGGAAGUGGCCGAAAUGACCAAGCUCUACGAGAAUUGCCAGCGGAUGAUGUGCAUUGCCUACGCCAACGAGAUGGCUAAUGCCUGUAUCCCCAUCGGCAUUGACCCUUACGAAGUGUGCAAUGCCGCUUCUUCUAAGCCGUUUGGCUACAUGCCCUACUCGCCCGGACUUGGAGUUGGUGGACACUGCAUCCCAGUCAACCCAUACUACUUGCUGUCCAACAGCGCCUUUCCCCUCCUCCAGGCUGCUUCGGAGAAAAUGUAUGCUCGCCCCGCGGAAAUCGGAGAGCGUGUCAUCGAUGAACUUUACUCCAAGCGGACUGGCGAUGGCCUGCCCCGUGUUCUGGUAGUCGGCAUGGGCUUCAAACGCGGCCAGUCUCACCUUGUUAAUUCGCCUGGUCUUGAACUGGCCAAAUCUCUCGCCAAGUCCGAGAAAGUCAGCGUCUCUUUCGCUGAUCCGCUCGUGAGCCAAGAGGCUGUGCCUCAAAUUCCUCGACUAGAUGAGGCUAACUGGACUGUCGAACACUUGGAGGAAAACUUUGACAUGAUUGUCGUGGCAUUCAAGCAAGAGGGCCUGGACUUUGGCCUUCUGGACAAGCUUACUACCGUGCAAGUUCAAAUGUGGUGCACGUAA